AAAAACCUCAGCAGGUGAAAUAGCGUUCCGAGUAUUUUCGGUCGGGGCGCUAACCGCGGCAUCAGACCGAGGAGUCACAGCCGGCAAUUUCAGCAAACAGCAGUAUGACCGACGCCGACACUGAUACGCAGAGCGCUCCACCUUUGACCCCUGUGGAAGACAAGCCACAAGUGGAGAGGAAAGUUUUAGCCACCUUGGUACAAGGGACAGUGAAGUGGUUCAAUGUACGCAACGGAUACGGCUUCAUAAACAGAAAUGAUACCAAGGAAGAUGUGUUUGUUCAUCAGACAGCAAUCAAGAAAAACAACCCGAGGAAGUUCCUCCGGAGUGUUGGCGACGGCGAGGUGGUCGAGUUUGAUGUGAUCGAGGCUGUCAAGGGUUCAGAAGCAGCCAACGUGACUGGUCCCGGCGGGGUGCCGGUGAAGGGUAGCCGCUACGCCCCCAACAAGCGGCGCUUCCGGCGGCGGUUCUUCCCACGUGUUGCCGACAAACCAGCAGACGGCCAGCCCCCCGACGGCGAGGAGGAGGGACGCGUCGACGAUGACAAACCCCAACAGCAGCGCCCUCGACCUCGGCGACCGCAGCCACAGCAAAAUCAGGUUGAACCUGGUGAGCCAAAACCCUCAGGAGAUGAAACACAAAGACCACCACGACGUCGGUUCUGGCGACCAUACCGACGACCAUUCCGUCCACGAACUGCUCCGGCGCAGCCCAAGGAGGAAGAUCAGAAGCAGCAACAGCAGGCGAAUGCACACGAGGAGCAAACCGAGUCGUCAGAAAACAACACAGAUGCCGCCGAGGUCCAGAAGCAGCAGCGUCAGUCCAGACGCCGCCGGCAGAGGAACUCUGAGUCCUCGGUCUCCAAAAACGGUACUGAGAAGUCUGCCUCGGAACCCGGCACCCCUCCCCAGACAGCCAAGGAAGACGUGAAAGCCAAAUCUCCAAAGGGCUCCCAAAAGAGCUCGCCCAAAUCACCAGAGCAGGACGCCGACACAAAUGUACCGGCACCGACGGAGUGACACUUAGGAGUGGACAGUCGAGGGACCCUCGGGACAAGAUCCACGGGUUGAAGGACUGGCCCCAUUUGAGAACGCAUGUCUCCCCUCCUUGCACCCCGCGCCCCCCCCCUCAACCUGCGUCACCCCCUCGAAACACCUCUGCCCCGCCCUCACCUUACUUCAUAGGCAAAGAAAGGACAUGUGUAUUUUCAUCUUUAAAAAGGGAAAUGGAUAAAACAAAAAUGCAU